UUGGCUCACUCUAUUCACGAGUUAGUGUGGUUCGUGGAUGCUACUCACAAAUACUGCAUCUGCCUUGUGUGCUUGUGUGAAUGAAAUGGCCCUCAUCCCCAAACGCUUCUUCAUCUUCUCCUCUGCACUCACGCGCCCCCUCCUCCACGCGCGACCCUCCUCCACCGCACCCACGCAGACGCAACCCUCCACCACCACCAGCCGCAGCAAAACCCCAUCCGAGAAACAAUUCGAGACAUGGGUCCACAGCCUGAAACCGGGCUUCACCCCCUCCGACGUGGCCCAGGCCCUGCAGGCCCAAUCCGACCCCGACCUCGCCCUCGACAUCUUCCGCUGGACCGCGCAGCAGCGAAACUACUCCCACACCUCCCUCACCUACCUCACCCUCAUCAAGCAACUCAUCGCCGGCCGCCGCUACCGCCACGCCGAAACCCUCGUCGAGGAGGUCAUCGCCGGCGCCUGCGACGUCUCCCUCCCCCUCUACAACUCCAUCAUCCGAUUCUGCUGCGGCCGCAAGUUCCUCUUCAACCGCGCCUUCGACGUUUACAAAAAAAUGCUCUCUUCCCCCGAUUCCAAACCCAACCUCGAAACCUAUUCCCUCUUGUUCAAUUCCCUCCUCAGAAGGUUCAACAAGUUGAACGUCUGCUACGUCUAUUUGCACGCGGUUAGGUCUUUGACUAAACAAAUGAAGGCUUCCGGUGUAAUCCCCGAUACCUUUGUGUUGAACAUGAUUAUCAAGGCUUAUGCUAAGUGUUUAGAAGUGGAUGAGGCCAUUAGGGUUUUUCGCGAAAUGGGGUUGUAUGGAUGUGAGCCUAAUGCUUAUAGUUAUGGCUACAUUGCUAGAGGCUUGUGUGAGAAAGGGAGGGUGGACCAGGGGUUGAGGUUUUAUAAAGAGAUGAGAGGGAAGGGUCUUGUGCCUAGUACUAGUACUUAUGUGAUAAUUGUUUCUAGUCUUGCCCUGGAGCGAAGGUUUGAGGAUGCGAUUGAGGUUAUGUUUGAUAUGUUGGGCAAGCAUAGGUCGCCUGAUCAUCUCACUUACAAGACGGUUUUGGAAGGCUUGUGCCGGGAGGGGAGGGCCGACGAAGCCUUUGAACUGCUUGAUGAAUGCAAGAAGAGGGAUGCUUCCAUGGGUGAGAAGAUGUACAAGGCUUUGUUGAAUGAAUUGUACGUUGUGUGUCGCGAGUAGGUUCUGUGGUGGUGCAUUUGCUUCAGGAUGCAGGAAAUGUUUGAUUUGUUGGAGCCAAACUUGGUUGUUGUCCUGCUUCUGGAGCUUCAUUGGAGAUGGCUGCUUCCUUUGAAAGAGAUGAGUCCAGGCAUCUUGCUUGAACAAUUGCUCUCGACUUGUUUUGGACGGAUAAAUAUGGAGGCUUCUGAAUUGUAUUGAACAUGUGAUAUACUACUGUAUGAGACAGCUGAUUCUUUUGAAUGCAGAUAAAUAGUUGCAUUGUGCUUGGAGAAUUGCUCUCAACUUCUGGCGGACUAAUUUAAUUUGCAUUGUCAAUGGAGGGGGCACCUGAUUUGGUGUUAACUCUCUGUUGCUGCUGAUAUGGAUGGUAUGGUGGCAACUGGCAAAAGGUCAUUUUCUAUUGAAGUGGGGCCAGCUAAUGGCAAAAAUAUGAGCAUGGAUGUAUGCUGCUGACUGCAGGGCCACAUGAUACUUCAGGGGGAGCAAAUACUGGUGUGCAAUUUCCAUCUAAUGCCAUUGUGAUGCAACCUUGCAAAAUUUGCUUAUGGAUAGUUUAUUGGAAUUGAUGGGGAUCCUAUGGUUUUUUGUAAACAACUACAGCUACCUAAGAUUUGGCUGAUUGUUAUUUGUUGGUGGCAUCUUGCUCCUUGUCCAUAUUUUUGCUCCAUGAAUUCAUCUGAAAUAGAGGUUACUGACAGUUUUACAGUUGCUAGCAUUUAUCUUUUGUCUGUAUUAGUUACAAAAAUUUAUCUUUUAACCCUAAUCCUCCAUGGUUUCGAAUAUCCCAACUAGUCUUGCUGGUACAUGGGGGAAAUUACAUUGUGUAAGAUCUUGUAUCUUCUGAAUAAAACAGAAUUACUCAAUGUAUGUACAAUGAUGAUCAUAUUUUCUAUUAUGCAAUUGUGUUAAUCUUUAUAAUGUUAA